AUGAAGGUUCUGCAAAGGUUAUGUACAAUCUUCUGCCUACUUUCCCUCGUCUUUGCCCAACAGGACUCCCUCGCUUUCACAGAUCGUGAUUGUACUCAAUAUUUCCGAAAUGUGACUUACACCGAUUCUCCAUGGCUGUGGAGAAGCUACAUCACCAAUUUCGACUACGGUCGCUUCUUCAGACUUAACCCUGCACUGGUCGAUCAAAACUUACCUGAUGAUUCGCAGAACAUAACAAGAAUUUUAUUAGAGGCAUCAAAAACCAAUCGAGUCCGUCCGACGGCUAUCUUAUACCCUUUAGCCGUAUCCUACGAAAAUGUAGUAUCCGUUUGUGGUGCCACAUCAGGGCUUUAUCAGUGGCCUUUGAUAUCCGAUACUUUGACUACAUGGAUCUUACCGCUCUUCGGACUUAUUGUUUCUUUGCCCUGGGAAUCAAACAAACGAGGGCAUACUAUCCUCAUGAUAUUCCGCUGGAUUGGAUCCCCAUUCGCAACUCUCACAUAUAUCUUCUGGAAUCUCCGUGCGAUAGGGCGAGCAGCUACCCUCGCCGACCUUGGAAUCCCCAGGCGUCCUCGCGAAAACGCUACACUGGCACAACCCAAAGAAGUCGGAGAUGAAGAAAAUAACAUCGAACUCGACGGCAUGGCUAAUGGAAAUCAACACUCCUCGGAAGAACACCUAGACCAAAUUGAUCGAGCCCCCGAAGAUUUCGAUCCGGAGAACGAAACAUUCUGCUCCGUCCGCGAUUCGUUCGGUAUUCUCUGUGUGAUGAACCAAUACAAAUUAACUUCCCGUCUACCAAUUUCCGAAUCCACUCUGCGUGGAAAUAUUCUUUCGGCACUUUUCCUCGAUGACGACGUAGCUGGAAAACCAGGUCUUGUCGAAUGGCGUACUUUUGUCGCCGUUGAAAUCCGACGGUGCCGAAAACGCGGUGUAGUCCCCGUUCUAGCGUCAUUAGGAUGGUACUUCUUCGCCCUCGCAAUCUCAAUGUACAAAGCCUUCGGCGACGUCGGUGAUAACGCUACAGCUCAUAACCUGGCUCUGGGGUUAUUAAUGGGCUGGCUCCCCGUUCUCGUUGCAGCCGCUAUUAUCGAUCGAAACAGCGUUGACAGCGAACACGUUGUAAAACUCUUGAAUAAACUGAUGAAAAUGGUUCAUAACCACGAAACUACGUUUACAAAGUUCGUCGGCCAGGGUCGUAGACGGUGGCAUUAUGGGGUUGCACAUCCGGUUUUAUCCAUGUUGGAACGAUACCCGGAACGUUUACAGCGGCCUGUCGAUUGGGCUCGUGUGGCUAAGGGCUGUGUUGAUGAUAACUGGUUGGGGUAUGAGACUCGAACGUUUUCGAUCAAUUACUUUAACAAAUGGGAGUUCGUUCAUAUGAUUGCGGCAUGGUUAACACUUGGGAUGUCAGUCCUUGGUGCUUGGUAUAUCAGUUACAACACCCCAACCGUCGGUCUUGGAUGCAGAAGUUUUAGUUACGUUAUGUUUCUUGUCUUCUGUACAUUCACCGGACUCGUAGAACUGGCACUUUAUCCCACCAUAUAUAGACCAGUUAGAAAGAAGUUUACGGACGAUAUCAUCGGAGAACAGGGGUUCAGAGGUUAUUUACGGACCAAAAAAUUUCGAGGACAGAUGAACGGCGUUCUCGCAGGUCUAGAUAUCAUCUCAACGUUAAUAUUGUUCACAACAGUAUUUAUGCAGACGACCGGUUCCUUCCAAUUCUUCUGGUGUCGGGCAAGUUUAAUCGGACACCGAGGUGGAUAUAUCAUUUUCGAUACGGUUCGGUAUAUCAACCGUUUCUUUAAUGCAAGGAUGUACUGGAUGGUUGGAGCGAUUGUUAGUAGUGUGGUUCCUGGGUUAGGCACCGUAUGGGCUUUGAGGGAAUGGUUAACGCAGAGCUUUUUGUGGAGUAGCGAUGUUACGCUGGCUAGGAGGGGACUAAGGAGGGUUAGGGUUUGGAAGGGGUUUUGGUGGUGGGUGAGGUUAGGUGGGUGGUUGAAUUUGAAGUGGUUGAAGGGAGGAGUUGGGUGGAGGCCUUGA